AGCGGACUGGUGUGAGGCCUACUACGGAGAGCCUCCAACGGACUACUCAGUGUACCGAGUCUUUGGGCAGAGUCCAGCUUUUCAAGUGGGGCCAUUGGAACCGGUGAAAAUUGAAGAGCUAGCUACGGGUGUGCCCGGGGGGGAGAGCAAGCAUGAAGAGAGGCAGCAUCCGGAAAGUGACCAGGAAAUCGAGGGGAAGGGGAUUGGUACCGCUCCUAAAGCAGCCGAUGUUGGAGGCGGGAAGGAGAGUGCCAUCAGAGUGGAAGAGGCGCUUGAAGAGAAGGUGAAGGGGUCUGGCGUCGGUGAAGGGGGUGAGAGUGAGCGGACAGGGGAGAUGGGGCCGGCCGAAGAGCGCGACUGGAACGCCUGGGAGAGAUUCCUGGAGAGCAAGAGGGUGGUGCAGAUCACCUUGAGUUUGCAGCGCAUCUAUGAGAGGGUGCAGGCGAAAGGGGCAGCUGAUGUCAAAAAGUGGAUCGACCAGAUGAAAAAGAUGGUCUACACAGACUCGUUUGUAGACUUCGGUCUCACCAGUUGGAACGACAUCGACUUAUGGCAUGUCGCGGUAGAGGGGCGCAAAGUGCUGCCAGCAUACCCGCUAGUACGAGAAGCGAUCGCCCACUUCGUGGAGCAGGUUCAAGGGCGGGCUGUCUUUUACAGUGAUCAAGCCGUCUGGGCCGCUUUAUCCCAAGAGCUUGCAGGGGAGCGGGUACCGGCGGUAGCUGGGCUGCUGACGGAGCGCUGCGCCAUCGGCGCAAUCAUUGAUGGUCAGGGCUACAAGGCUGUGCUAAAGAUGGAGAAGCCGGAGCUAGUCAAAUUGGUGUUCUUCGACCGCGAUGCAGAGGCCCCUGCUGUUUUGACCGAACAAGAGGACUUCCGGAAGAGCGGACUUGAAACACGGGUUGCUUGCUUCGUGCCUCGGACGCCGUUCUACCCUGCCAUGGAUAUGGCCAUCCUGGUGUUCAAGAAGCCGAAGGACCAGCAAGGGUCUGUGGAGCGGCUCACGAAAGUUCAAAUGACACUGGAGUCGGCGCACGACCAUCGUCGCUUGACUCAGACCGCAAUGCAUAUCCGCAAUGUGAAGCCGUGGCUGGGCGGUGCAAAGCUUGAAGCCGUGGAGGUGGAAUUCUGCUACAUAGUGCCCGGUGAUCUCGUCGCCGGCGGGGUUCUGCGCCAUACUGAUCAAAAGCCAGCACAGUUGGGGGUCACGCGGGGACAAGCGGGGUCUGUACAGAUUGUUGCGCAUACUCACAUAGAGUUAGCUUUUGGCCAGCUAGAUGGAAGGCUAGAUCAAGUGGAUAACUGGCAGCGGGGGGGAAGUUAGGCUGGUUCUAGCGAGAGCCGUCAAGCGCCGACAAAUCCGCACAUGCCAUGCUUCCAUGUCUCCCUCGACUUUGAUUUCUAACGGGCCGGCCUUGGUUCUCCGCUUCACUUUGUGAGCAAUUUCGGAGGAUCUUCAGUUGCA